AUGCCGGGACCUAAGGCGACCAAGCUGGGCCACGCCUUGGCAAAGGGCCUUGGGAUCAAGCUUCAACCACCCAUUCAGUACCAGGACGAAGUGACUCGAGGGGAGUCUGUCUUCUCCAACAACGCCUAUGUCGAGGAGCCGCCACGCACCAUCGAUGAGCUGCGCGAACUGGUUCCGACUGGGAAUCAAGUUUGGGAUUACGUGGUUUCGCUCUUCCCCUUUCUGCAGUGGAUUGGCCAUUACAAUACUCAAUGGUUGAUUGGUGACCUUGUUGCGGGCAUCACUGUUGGCGCCGUCGUCGUUCCCCAGGGCAUGUCGUAUGCUCUCCUGGCCAAUGUUGAGCCCCAAUUCGGACUUUACUCGUCUUUUAUGGGUGUUCUAAUCUACUGGUUUUUCGCGACCUCAAAAGACAUCACCAUCGGCCCCGUGGCCGUCAUGUCCACACUGACAGGCACCAUCGUCGAAAAGGCAGCCGUCAAAAUCCCAGACGUACCAGGACACGUUGUCGCCUCCGCCCUCUCUAUCAUUGCCGGCUCUAUCGUCCUCUUCAUCGGACUCAUCCGCUGCGGCUGGAUUGUUGACCUCAUUCCCCUAACGUCUCUCUCUGCAUACAUGACUGGCUCGGCCAUCAACAUCUGCUCUGGCCAGGUUGCCGGCCUGCUGGGCGAAUCCGGAUUUAACACCCGCGCUGCCACAUACAAGGUCAUCAUCAACUCGUUCAAGUACCUGCCGAAAACCAAGAUCGAUGCCGCCAUGGGCCUGACUGCCCUGACCAUGCUUUAUCUGAUCCGCUUCGCCUGCAAUUUCUUCGCCAAGCGCUACCCCAAGCACCGGCGCAUGAUCUUUUUCGCCUCUACGCUGCGCACCGUUUUUGUCAUUUUGCUGUAUACCAUGAUCAGCUGGCUGGUCAACAGACACCGCCGCAAGCACCCGCUCUUCAAGAUCCUCAAAAAGGUUCCGCGAGGCUUUAAGAACGCUUCUGUCCCCGUCGUGGACGAAAGAAUCAUUCGCAGCUUCAUAGGUGACCUGCCCGCCACUGUCAUCGUCCUCCUCAUCGAGCACAUUGCCAUCUCCAAGUCCUUUGGCCGUGUCAACAACUACACGAUAAAUCCCUCGCAGGAGAUGGUCGCCAUUGGCGUGGCCAACGUCCUGGGUCCCUUCCUGGGCGGCUACCCCUCGACCGGCUCGUUUAGCCGCACUGCUAUCAAGGCCAAGGCUGGUGUGCGCACGCCUUUUGCGGGCGUGAUCACGGCACUUGUGGUACUUCUUGCCAUCUACGCGCUGCCACCUGUCUUCUUCUACAUUCCCAGCGCGACUUUGUCGGCGGUGAUCAUCCAUGCCGUCGGCGACUUGAUCACGCCGCCCGACGUCGUCUACCAGUUUUGGCGCGUCAACCCAUUCGAGGUGGUCAUCUUCUUUGUGGGCGUGUUUGUCACUAUCUUCACCACGAUUGAGAACGGCAUCUACAGCACGAUUUGCAUCUCGGCCGCCAUGCUGCUGUACCGCAUUCUUCGGACUCGGGGCAGCUUCCUGGGCCGCGUAAAGGUCCAGUCUAUUCUAGGCGAUCAGGUUAUCGGCCAGGACAGUCGCCUGGCGAUUGCUCCGUAUGGCACUAUUUCGAACCUGGACAUGGAAGUGCCUGCGCGUACGGUCUUCUUGCCACUCGAUCACCAGGACGGAUCAAACCCGGACGUCGAUUUGCAAUCCCCUUACCCCGGCGUCUUCAUUUACCGCUUCGCGGAGGGUUUCACAUACCCCAAUGCAUCACACUCGUUGGAGCAUUUGGCAGAAUACGUGUUCAAGCAUACGCGGCUCACCAAUCUGACCUCGUUUCCCCGCCCUGGUGACCGGCCAUGGAACGAUCCCGGUCCGACACGCCGGCAGCUGAAGAAGAUCGCGGAGGGCGAUGUGAACGCAAUAAACGCAGCCGAGUACAACAGAGACCUGCCGACUCUAAAGGCCAUCAUUCUCGACUGCUCCUCGGUCAACUUUGUGGAUGUCACGUCAGUGCAGGCCCUGAUUGAUGUGCGCAACCAGCUCGACCGCUACGCGGCUCCUGAACACGUCGACUGGCAUUUUGCGUCAAUCAGCAACCGCUGGAGCAAGCGCGCCCUGAUAUCUGCCGGCUUCGGCUUCCCGACCGAGUACCAGGAUACGCCAGAACAGCGGUGGCGAGGCAUCUUCAGCGUGACCCCGUCCGGCGACAAGCAUGAGGCGGACGGCGAAAAGAUCGAGGACGGCGAACUACGUCGAACGUUGACGUCGACAACUGCUAGCGCAGCCAAGACUGUGACCCUAGACAUCGAAGAGGCGCGCAGCAGCGGUGACGGAGUCGGCUCGGGCGACGACGACCCGAAGCUGAACCUGCAGGGUCGGUCGGCUCACCGCAUCCGGGGUAUUGCCAUCCACAGUCUGAACCGGCCGCUGUUCCACGUCGACCUCACCAGCGCAUUGCAGUGUGCCAUUGCCAACGUGGAAGCUCGUGAGGCAGCCUCGGCCGACUCGCGGCCAAGCUCGAUCAAGGGAUUAUAA